UCCUCUCUUGGCUGUUUUGCAAAGGGUUUGUCGAUCAGAUUUGAUUUUAUGGUUGGGAACGAAGCAACAUUGUUAUAACCACAUUUACAUUUAUCAUAAAUGUGUAGAAUCGGUGAGGCUUAAGUAGGCCCUAGUCUAAGCCAGCUGAAGUUACAAGUGCAUUUUUCACAGUAUGCUUGCCACCAUCACCAUGCAGCUAUGACAGAUAAAUUUCUCAAGGGUAGAUGAUGGACCCAGAUGAAGAAAUAAAUGGAGAUGGAGAACAAAGUGAUAAGGAGGAUGGAAAGCAUGAAAUACUUGACCAAGAGGAAGCAUCUUUAUUAGAACAAUUAAAUAGACUCCGAAAUGCUGUUAAUAAAAAGUGUAAAAAAUCAGAUCGUAUAAAGAGAUUAACAGAAUUGAUUAACAGUGAAAAAAAUAAAUUAAAUGAAUUAACAGAUAAAAAACCAGACCGGAAAUCGGGACAUGCAAGAAAAUACAAUCCAGAAACAUCUUACAAUGAAAUGAAUGAAGAUGAUGAUCAUGAAGAUACAAUGAAUACAAGUUCUUCUUUCUCCACACAGUCUUCAGAACAAGAUCAAGAAAGCAGCAAUAUUUCAGAAAAUGACACUGAUUCAACUUCUUAUGAAUGCAGCAUAUGUUGUUUAAUUUUUGAUACAGAAGAAAAAUUGGUUUGUCACACCAGAACCCACAGUGGUCUGAAGCCAUACCAGUGUGAUAUAUGUGAUAAAAAUUAUUACCAUAAAAAAGAUUUGAAAAAGCAUAAAAACAUAAAACACUCAAAUAUCGAUAAUGGUUUCGAACAAACUAAUCAAAAUCCAAAAUGUUACGAAUGUGAUCAACUGUUUACUGACACUCAAAAUUUGCAGAGGCAUUUAGAAUCCAAUCAUAACGUGAACAGUAAAAUUGGACAUCAAUCAAAUGAAAAUGGAAGGGAAGAAGACAUUAAUGCAGAUGUGGUGUCUCAAUCCGAGGACAGUGAUUUCAGUUUCAAAUGUGAAAUUUGCGGCAAAAAAUACUUAAAAGAGUCGAGUUUAAAAAAUCAUAGGAAACGAAAACACUGCAAAAAAUCUAAUAAGGAUGAAGUUUUUGAUUGUCCAGAGUGUGGAAAAAGGUUCCGAUUUAGAUCAAGUAUGCUUAAUCAUUUAAAAACACAUAGUGCUGAAAAACUGUUUAAUUGUUCAAAAUGUGAGGAAACUUUCCGAUUACAAUCUGAAUUAAAUCGUCACAUGAGACAGAGUCAUGAGCUUGCUGAUUGGUCACCUUAUCAAUGCCACUUUUGCAGCGAAUAUUUUGCGCAAAAUUAUCUUUUGACAGCUCACAUUACAAGUCACACGAAAGUAAAAGUAUUUGAAUGUAGAGACUGUUCCGAGAAGUUUAAAUCCCAUGAUGAGCUAAAGCAACACAGGACCAUACACGCAGCAGAACUGAAAUUCCAAUGUGAUACCUGUGGUCGUCGGUUUCGCAUACCUAAACUUCUUCGUAUCCACCUAAGGGUACACACUGGUGAAAAACCGUAUCAGUGCAUGGAAUGUGGAAAACUUUUUACUCAACAGGGGGCACUGUGGACUCAUAAAAAGAGUCAUUCAAAUGUGCGUCCAUAUCAGUGCGAAAUUUGUAGUAAGCUGUUUCAUCUUCGUGACUCGCUUACCCGACAUAUGAGAAUCCAUACGGGAGAAAAACCCUAUAAGUGUGAUAUUUGUUAUAAAGCGUUUAAUCAGAAGGGUAAUUUAAUAACACAUUUCCGCAUACACAGUGGAGAGAAGCCGUAUAAGUGUGAUAUUUGUGAUAAAACUUUCAUGUAUAGUGGUUUAUGUAGCGACCAUAUAAAAUCACACAAACAAAAUGAUACCUCAACAACCACCGCCAUAAAUUAAGGAUUCUCCACUUUACGAUAAUGUUCAACAGUGAGGUGAAAACGUCAAGCUUCCACAUAGUGAACAAUAGUGAGAGGACAUUCUAACUUAAUUUAGUUUGAGACACUUAAAUUUUAAAUUUCAUUAAGAUCAGAUCAAAUCAAAAUAAACUUUGUGAUUGUUGUUUUUGUAUGUUUAGAGGUAUAUACUCCCAGGCCCUGUCAGUGUUUAUUUGUGAAGCUUUCCUGCAUCAUCCAUUAAAUUAGAUGAUAUUAGGAUUUGAAUUAAGCAAACACAUCUUUAGAUAAUUAUAUUACACUCCUAAGUAAAAUGUAAUUUUGUUUACAUCUCGUAUCCAGUUUGAUCAAAUGUGAGCUUGUGAAUUUCAUUUGAUUAAUUAAAUGGUUUAUUAUUAAAAUGAAACCAGUUUUAUUAUUGGUUAUUAUUUUUG